CUCAUCCCUCGUCUCUGGCAAACGCACAUCACUGCUGAUCGCGGUUUACGCACACAUGCUUGCACUCCAAAAACAAAGCAAAUGAUAUAGUGGCAGAUAACACAGUAAAUUUAUCUUUUUAAAAACAAAGGAAUUCACAAAUACAGCUCGAUCGUCAUCAUGAGUGUUAAACAAGCCUGCAUCUUUCUCAGAGGAGGAGCAAGGAGACAAUCAAGAACUCUGACACAGGAUGAGAUAGAAGAGUUACGUGAGGCUUUUGUGGAGUUUGACAAGGAUAAGGACGGUUUGAUAAGCUGUAAAGAUUUGGGGAAUCUGAUGAGGACCAUGGGAUACAUGCCAACUGAGAUGGAGCUGAUAGAACUGGGCCAAAACAUCAACAUGAAUUUAGGAGGACGGGUGGAUUUUGAAGAUUUUGUGGAACUAAUGACCCCCAAGCUGCUGGAUGAAACUGCGGGGAUGAUUGGCUUGAAGGAACUCAAAGAUGCUUUCAGGGAGUUUGAUAUAGAUGGUGAUGGCUCCAUCACAUCACAAGAGCUGAGACAUGCCAUGAUAAAACUACUGGGGGAACACGCCAGCAAAACGGAAAUCGAGGCAAUUGUCAAGGAAGCUGACAACAAUGGAGAUGGAACAGUUGACUUUGAGGAGUUUGUAAAAAUGAUGUCAAGGACAUAAGAAGAACACGAUGAAUGGAUGACUGUGAAUGGAAAGGAUGUUUUUUAUUAAAUUGUAUGCUGAUGACAGUUUACUUUUUAUGAAUCACUUCACUUUCUUGAUGUCUAAGUGUCACUCAGCUUUAUGUCAACAAAGAUGGGUUCUUUUGUUUGUUUGCUUUGUUAAAACUGAUGGAUGUAAAUUCCGUGGAGAGUCCCCUUUGAGUUUUUUUUUUUCAAUAUUUCAGCACAACAGCUUGAAAUAAUUUGUCAUCCAGUUUGCCCUGAAUCCCUCAGAUGUGCCCCUGUGAGCAGUGAGUGUGAAUGUCAUUGUUAGUUAGUUUUUAAAGGAGCAACACAUUAAUAUGGGUUCAAUGCUGAUAAAAUAGCUGUCAGAGGUGAAAUUAGAUGUUGACAGAGAGAAUUAAUCUGUUCUGGAUUAUUCUCUCUCAAACUACGAGUGAAUUUCUGCUUAUCCAUCUCUGAAUUACUUGAAACUUUUUAAAUCAUAACGACUGAUUUUUAAUAUUGUACCUGUGAAAGUUCAGACUGAUAUAUCAAAAACAAUGUUUUUAUGCCCGUCGACCCUCUUUCAGGAUAUUUCUUUGCACAUUGAAAUUUGAAACUGUUUGCACAACAAGAUCUCUUUCUAUUAAAGAAAAAAACAGAUUUUUUUCAUUUCAUUUCUCAUCAUGCUAUUGAUUCACAUUUUUGUGAUCAGGUAUGCCAUUUUAAAAGUAUUCAACAUGAUUUUUGACGUUUUAAUGUAACAUUCAACUGCAUGUGAUUCAGAAAAAAAUCACUGGCUGGCUUUUGCAAUAUCAAUUAUUUGUUAAUGUGUACUCAAAAUGAGACUUUAAUGUGUGUGUUUUUUCUGCAUGAAAUUACCUAUAAGCAGAAAUUAAUCAUUUACUUGUUCAGUUUUGCAGACUCUCAAUCAAUGAUGAGAUGAGAAAUAGUGAACAUUCAGGCUUUAAUUCCUAAUAAAGUAGUAUAGUUAUAUCGUUAAUACAGCUAUAUUGUCAUUUAAGCAUCACCAUGAAUUUCAAAGUGCAAAAAGCAAUAUACUGCGAGUGGGUUAACAGGCAGUUUAUAUAUUUAUUUUAUGCUAGAAAGAUUUCAGGUGAAUCAGAGACGGUCGAGCAGAAAUUAUUCUAAAACACUGAUGAUUUGAGAUGGAAUGACUUAAUGUGGAAGUGCUGAACAAACUGACCAAAUGUUGUCAAAUUUACUUUACUUUCUUGUUUGUUUGUUAGAUAUGGUCACUGCCAUAUUAAAACAUGCGCUGGUGUUCCAUGUGUCAAGUAGUGUAUGUUGUGAAUAUCUAUUUUUUCCUACAUAAAUACUAAUAUAGGUGACCUUUUCAUUAUUAUUGUAAAUAAAUUGUUGUUUUUGUCCCAGAAAGAAGAUAAUUUAAUUUGUAUAGAUGAUGGAUUUGAUCGUCAUUUACUCAUAUAGAUUUGCAUGGACACCGUGGGUACUUUUCAUUUUGCUACCAUUUCUCCUCCAUUCUCUCAUUCACAUCUCUUCCUUGCAUCUUAACUCCUCCCAGUGAGAUGGGAGCACAGCCACAAACUGAAUUAUUAAAAAUAAAUCCAAAAACUCACAGCACCUUAUUUAUGCAUUUUAAUUUCUUUUCUAUGGAAAAUUCUGUAUGUCUGGAAAACACAUUAAAAAUGAACCAUACAGUCAUUAUUUAAUGUGAAAGAGUGAUUGCUGAGUGCUAACCUCACUUAAACAGAUUAUAUACAUAUACAAAUACGUACGGAGUUGUCUGCAUGAUAUUAUUUAACUAAAUACAGCUUAACCGGUCUAAACGGUAAAAUACUUCAUAAACUGAGUGAAUUAAUCUCAAUUCAAGUGUGACUGAUAUUAUUUCUAAAUGGUAAACUGCCAGCAACAGUAAAAGCAGAUUUAUUUUCCAACCAUGUUGUUCAUUUGGGAUCUUUUACUUGGAAAAAAGUAAUAAAAUCCCUUUCUAGUUGCUAAUGCUGUUGGAUAACAAUAGAACAGCAUGGAGGUUGCCAGGUUGUCACAACAGCUAUUUUUGCAAAGAAAUAAGCGGUUUGUAUUUUAAAGGCUUCAGCCUAAUAUCAAGUGAAAAACAAUGCUGUGUGUUAUAGAAUCAGUGAAACGAGACAAUCGCUGUGAUGGCAACAAAAUUCUGUUUAUUUAAUGUAUUUGUGACCAAUGUUUCUGUUUGUCUGAAUGCAUUAUUGUAUGAGCUUUGGCACCAUUAAAAAUUAGCGUUCUCUUCUUAAUGUGUUGUCCAAGGAAAAUAUAAUUAAAAUUAACAUUUACGGUA